GUUUCGACUCGGAAAAGCUAACAAAAAACUUAGAACAGCAUGUUAUCACAGCUCCCAUUUUUGAAGCAUAGUCCGAAGGACCCGUGGCUUAAAUCUCGGUAAUUGUGCCUUUGCUGCCAGGUGUCCGAGGUCAACGGUGAGCAAUUGAUGUUUUAUUGGUGUUGACCUGGCAAUGCAAUGUAUCUUGGUAAAGCGAUAAACCAAGGAUCUACCUUGUCUACCGUUGAGACACUUAUUUAGGGUAACUCGGUGGAAUUCAGCUUACAGUAUCAAUGGAGUACAGCAGCAAAUUCCUGCCUUUUACUGUUCGCAACGUCCUUUCUCAUUCCUCAUUGGAUAAGGUUUGCUCCCUUAGGCCUUUCCGCCUCAUUUUUCCCAGGCUCCUUUCCCCUUUGUUUUGUUCCUUCCUGUCUAAAAAAUAUCUGGUCUCCACAGGACAGCCCUAUUUCCCCACUCCAAUUCCAGAUCAGCAUGUCUGCGUUACCGCUAUUGGUAGCUGUAGUAUGCAUGCGGCAGGAACAUCACAGCGUGCCCUAGCCGCUAAACGGAAGACAGCGAGAACGGAGCAGGACCGAUAUCACCUGUCACAACUUCUGUGUAAUGGUGUGCAACAAAUUCUCCACCAACUACUACUUGUGAAAAAGGUACCACCAUUUGCAUCGCCAUACGAAAAUCCUUGUCAACUUUCUCCCAUUCCCAGAGGGAUCGCCAAUAGCCAGCAAUUUCUAGCAGCAGGGGUAUUGGGCCGGCAGGGGUCUCGGUCCACUAGUUCUUUUCCAAUACGCUAAGAGCCGAAACAGGUUAUAUCGGGAAUAUAAUUGAAACCUUGAAGUUGACAGUGGAAUUCCAACAGUCUAUACAGGCCCAAAGCACUAUUUAUUGUCUUUUUCAGACGGCCUCCGACUUCGGGAGGCAGCGUUUCCAUUCUUUCCCGAUGUUAUGAUCCCAUCAUCAAGCCAGACUCUCUUUUUUUUCGGCUCUUCGGCAGUUGAAUUCAAACUGGCUAUACACAUGCUACAUUCUACUUC